UGGUAAUCCACACCCAAUGACUUCGAAUUUGAAAAGCCUUGAAGCUCACUUUGGUUAUUAUUAUUAUUGUUGUUAUUAUUGGGGUCAGAGAUCCUCCAGUUCUCAAAUUCAUUGCACCCCUGGAUAACAUAAGGCUGGAUCACGGCCAGGGACGCGAGGUCCGCUACUGGGUCGAUCAGCCGCUGCAAUCUGCAUUCCAGCACGCCAAGCAUGCAUGCCAUGCGAAAAUUACAAUGCACAAGACCGAGAGGCUUGAUCGCGUGUCACGAAAACGAGAUUAAAUGGGGGGGGGGCUUGCUUUUCUUGCACGAGUUUCGCAUGAACCACUUGUUCUUUUUGCCCCUCGUUUCCCCUCCAGCGCAGAUAUUUAUUCCUACCAUGACCCCACAAACACGGAGCGCAUUGCGACUAAAGAACCAUCGGACUGCUGCCCAAUAUUUAUGAUUGGACAGCAGCCAAAAUGUCGGACGAAAAGGACCCAGCAUUGUCGACGUCGACAUCCCCGCCGAAGUAUUCGAGGUACAGAUCCGUCAGACAGGCUGUGAAGAAGGAGGAGCCUUUGCCAAAGCAGAGCCCAGAGCCUGAGAUGGCGCGCACGAAGAGCAUGUCUCGUUAUCGACGGACAAGACCUGUGGCCACGCCCGAGCAGAUUGCGACCCUGCCGAUGCCCUCUGUUCCUCCAAUCCCUAGGGCAAACGCGCACGGGUUUACUUCGAAUCCUCCUGCGCAGAGAGAUGUGACGAGAAGAGUGACGGAGCCCAUACAAAACCCGCAGAGGCAGAAACGGCUUUCCUCGAACAACCCAGGUCGCCUGCGCCCUCAAGAAACCGACGAUGAACGUAUGCGCCGGGUGGGCAGAGAGGCCCAUGAACGAGAGGAACAACGGCGGAAGGUGCGCAAGGAGCAGGAAGAACAGGAUCGUAUGACUCGACAGCAAAAGGCGGAAGAAGAGGCGGAACUGAGCAGAAAAGCUGAGGAGGCUGCUGCGAAACGACUGGCAGAACAGAAGCGCAAAGAUUUGGAACGGCUUCAAGCUGAGCUCGAUGCUGCUGUUCCUACUUCCCCGCCUCCUCCCACAAGUCCGAGAGAGAAAUUGCGCUUCUUUUCGAGAAAGAGAGCUCAGACGAGAUCGAGUCCGCCACCAAUAGCGAAGAGAGAAUCUGAGAGUACAUCGUUAUCCACUACGAAGAGCAAUGAACCGCCUCGAGGGAUUGAGCAAGGCGGAGGCGGACCGCAGAUUGACGCCCCGGUUUCUGCAUCGAAUGCUGGUGAACGAAGAGUCCUCAUCCGAUGCAAGCAAUCCUCGAUCAAUCUUCCAAUUACUCCCGAAACUACACCUGUCGAGAUCAUCUAUUCCGCUGCCAAUAUUAUGACACAAAAUAUCAAUCCCUCAACAGCCAUUUUACUCGAAUCAUAUGCACCCCUUGGCCUGGAGCGUCGUAUACGUCGAUACGAGCAUAUUCGAGAUGUCAUGAACUCGUGGGAUCGGGAUACACAAAAUGCUCUCUUGCUACAAAAUUCGGAUACUCCCAAAUUCGACAUAGAUCUGGAGACGUCGUCAGUACCAAAAGAAGCCCCACAAUCUGUCACGGUAUAUAUGUACCAUUCCCAGAAACCCGGGAAAUGGAACAAGCGAUAUAUCACCUUACUUCCAUCUGGUCAAAUUUUUAUGUCUAAAAAGACAGGAGCUAAAGCUUCAGAGAAGGACUCCGUCAGUCUAUGCCACUUAACUGAUUUCGAUAUAUAUUCCUUGACGCCUCAGCAAAUACGGAAGAACCUCAAGCCGCCAAAGAAGCAUUCUUAUGCUAUCAAAAGUCAGCAGAAGACAGCGAUGUUUCUGAAUACUGAAAACUUCGUACACUUCUUUAGCACAGAUGAUGUGACACUCUCUGAGAAAUGGUAUACAGCCGUCCAAAAAUGGCGAAGUUGGUAUCUAGUGAACAAGAAGGGCGAUGGGAAGACAGAGAACAAGGGCAAGAAGGUCACAGAAGUGAGCGCCGAACUUCGACCAGGUACAAGAGGAGGACCUACACACACCGUCAAGGUCUCCGUUGAUGAGAAUCCCUACAUGAUAGGCUCUUUUGCACCUCUCAUGAACCUCGACCGCUUCGGCUCAGGAGACGACUACGAUUCUGACGAGGAGAGCCGACCACGCCAAAUCCCCUUCCACCUCCGAAACAGCCUCUCCUUGUCUCCACGAGAAAGCAAACGCCAUCCACCACCAGUCUCCUAUCGCAUGCCACUAGAGGCAGAAGAUCAAUUCUCAUCCUCAGGUUUGCUAGGACGAACCUAUUCUCAACGGCAACCUCAAAGGGAGAGGGACGCCGCAGCAGAUAGCCUAUCAGGGGGUCUAUCCAACGAUCGUGGACUCCUCAAUGGAGGCUCGGGGCGCACAUUCUCCAUGAAAUCGAGUCGGACGAAACGGCCGGAAACAUCAGCGGGCGCAGGAGGUGGACUUCAACGAGGACCGACUCAGAAGAAGCCAAAGCCGUUACUGGAUUUCACUCCGCAGCUUAAGGAGGCGCCGCAGUGGGAUAAGACUGGGAAGGGCCAUGGCGUUGCGGCGCCGGAAGGGAUCCCAUUAGUAGAGGCGGCGACGACGCCAGAUAAUCCAUUGGCUGAUGUUCCAAAGCCGACAGUGUUUAGGAGGGAUCAAGCGAGACCUGCAAUGGCGAGACCUGCUACGGCGAGACCUACUACGUCAGGGGAGGGUGCUUUUGUGAGAGGCGGGUUGGUCAGCGGGCAGAGUGUGAUGAAUAGGGGGAGAGUGGUUUGUGAUUCAUGAUGACGAAGGACUGAUUGAUGUGAACGAGGUGAUGGAUGUGUUCUUGUAUAUUGUGAUAUCAUUUCAGCAUUGGGCAGUGGGCAUUUUAUACACCCUUUCGGUUGAUGUUAGCAUGAUGGUUUGGGAAGGCACCGGGAUGUUGCAUGAUUAUCAAGAAAGCAUUCAUGGCGUUGGACAACCCAAACUUGUAAACCAUCUUGAGAAUUUGAAACCCAAUACCUAGCAUUCGAAGUGGCUACAUUCCUAUCCGCAACCGGUACGACCUCUCACCGUCUUACGACUUGUCUUCAAGCCUUUCACGAUCCCG